GAAUGGAAAGGCAGAAGCAGCAGCAUUUUGUGCUGGUACAUGGUGCAUGUCAUGGAGCUUGGUGUUGGUUCAAGCUCAAGCCGCUGUUGGAGUUGGCCGGCCACCGGGUCACGGCCCUAGACCUCUCGGCUUCCGGUAUCAACCCUAAAAGGAUCGAAGAACUCGAUACGUUUGAGGAUUACAGUAUUCCAUUGCUUGAGUUCAUGGCUUCUGUUCCUUCACAUGAAAAGGUGGUUCUGGUUGGCCACAGUCUUGGGGGUUUGAACAUUGCUCUUGCUUCAGAAAAGUACCCUGAUAAGGUUCUGGUUGCCGUUUACGUAUCAGCUUUCAUGCCAGAUUGUGAACAUGCUCCCUCAUAUCCUUUGGAUCAGUUUUUCGAGCAGAAAUCGGCUGAAGAAUUCAUGGACACAGAGUUCAUAUCCAUUGGCACCACAGAAAGGCCCCAGUCCACCGUGUCUUUUGGGACUCAAUUCUUGGCCUCCAAAGUUUAUCAACUAACCUCCACUCAGGAUUUUGAGUUGGCAAAAUUUUUGGUCAGACCAAGUUCAACAUUUGUUGAAGAUUUGUCCAAGGCGAAACCUUUUUCCAAAGAAAAUUACGGAUCAGUGAAGCGAGCUUAUAUCAUAUGCGCAGAGGAUUUAGGCGUAACAAAAGAGUUUCAAAGCAUACUGAUUGAAAGAGUUGGAGUCUCCAUUGUGAAAGAGUUGAGAAAUGCGGAUCACAUGGCUAUGCUCUGCAAGCCCCAUCAACUUUGCCAAGCACUUAAAGAAAUAACUGAUGAAAUCACAACAUAA